GAAGGCGAGUUUUGUAAAUCGUUUGCAAAUGAAAAUUGGUCUUGGUUGAUUCCUUACGCAUGAAUUCAUUUAGGUGGUCAUAAGCUAUCACCAGGUACUAAGCCAACCAAUUUUUGGCAAUUUUAGCUCUUACCAACUGGUCGUAGAAUUCACUGAAACUCUUUAAUAACGGCUUAAAACAGUAAAAAGAACUCAGAAGUAACACAGAAAAGCCUAAAUGGGGCAUGGAUGGGCAAAAUUUGAGAAGAUUAAAUCGGAUUGCAUAAGGGUAAUGUUAAUCUCUAUGAAAGUAUUACUUAUAAUGCUGCGAAAAAGUCCUUCUUUGAUACAUAGCUGAGCUUUUGGCAAUAAAAGACGACAGCUCAGCCAAUAUUAAGGACACAUAGUUGUUGACAUAAAUAAAAUAAUUUCCUGAAAUACUGUGAUCUAGUCACUUUAACUUGUCUAAGAGCUGUUCCUUUAUUCACAGGGGAUGUUCUUUCCUCAGUUGUUUGGUAUUGUGGGUGAGAAGUUGGUUUUCACUAAAGAUCACCAAUAUGAUGACCCAGAAGACUUGUGUGAUGAUCGAUACUUACUUGAGUCACAGAGAGGCCAGGACCAAUCCAGUAAGUCAUCAGGCUCAAAGGCUGGGCCAAACACCGAGUCAGUCCCAGACCCUGAUCAGGAAAUAACGACGACCUUGAAGACUGGUAACAAACAGAUGAAGCUUGUCUCUGAAAAGAGCCUGGGUCUAGAUCAAGCCAUACUUCACAGCAUCAAUUGUUGUCGUAAGUGGAGUACUUUAGUGCUACAGUUUGUCAGUUUUCGUAAAUGCACACUUGUAAGUUUUUUUGAUAAGUCUCAUUUUCUGUUGUAUAGUGGUAUAUGUCAACACAAGCUAAUAACAUUGAGAGAAUUCUCCCAACAGGAGUCAGAUCUAUACCUUCAUACUCUACCACUGAGCUACAGAAAACUUGAGGCCAUGCGGCUACGUGUAGACUUCCUACUUUAACUUAGUACUGCUAUGGCUUAGCUACCACUGAUCUUCUGUAGUUCAGCGGCAGAGCAUCCGGCCGGUAUGCGUAAGGUCUUAUAAGCUCGAAUUUUUUUUGCAGAACACGGAAAUUUUUUUUCUGAGUAGUUUGUGUAGUUGACUGACUAACGUCUUAUCAAUCUCCUUAUUAAAAUGCUAUACUCACAAUUUAAUAUUGAAUUAACCAAUAGAGCACUUUUUCCGUGUUUACAUAGCCUAAUCUAAACAAGAGGAGGGUUCGGA